UGAAUCUUCUCUUCCGUACUAGGCUCGGGAUCAGCCCGGCUUACGCUAUAUAUCGCCCUCAAAGACGUACGUCAUAAUUCCUCCAUGCAUAUGCAUCGUGCCUCGGAAGCGCAGUCAGUGACAAUUACCGACUUACAAUACUCGCUUCGGCGCAAUGGUACAUCCUGCCCUCGCAAAAACCCAAUGAUGUUGAGCCCUGGUAUGCCGCUCAUAAAUUGUUUUCAGACUUCCGUGUUGCGCAAAGCUUUUGUAGUCCGUCACGGUACUAGGCCAGUGAGGCCACGAGCGUACAUGCAAUCGUCCAACGAUUCAUUGAAUCAUAUACUAUAUACCGGGGCCCCUAGAAGUCUCCCUUAAGCCGACUCGAAUGAUCUCUGGGAUCUUUCUACUUCGCUCGACAACCACACCACGUUCUGAACUUCGCGCCGUACUUCAAGCCUUCAAUUUGCGGGGUCCUGGCUCAAUUAGUAAAUAAUC